CGUACAGGGACUUAUUGCAGCAUGGGUGUACACAAGAUGGGUUCGAUCCUUGCUCUCCUCGGCUUUUUGUUCAUCGAUGCGCUGCUGCUUUCUUCCGCUUACAACGUCCACCAUUAUAGCUUCAUUCUGAGGGAGACGAAUUUUACUCGGCUGUGUACCACAAAGAGCAUGUUUACUGUAAAUCACACAUGGCCUGGCCCAGCCAUUCAUGUUCGCAAAGGCGAUAAGGCGUUUGUCAAUGUUCACAAUAACGGAGAUUAUGGUGUCACUAUUCACUGGCACGGAGUGAAGCAACCAAGAAAUCCAUGGUCCGAUGGUCCUGAGAACAUCACACAGUGCCCCAUUAAGCCAGGGAAAAACUUCACCUAUGAAGUUAUAUUCUCUACCGAAGAAGGAACUCUUUGGUGGCACGCCCACAGUGACUGGUCACGUGCCACAAUCCAUGGCGCCAUUGUCAUCUUGCCCGAACUUGGAACUACCUAUCCAUUUCCCGAGCCCUAUGCCGAGCAUGUGCUCAUACUUGGGGAAUGGUACAAUGGAGAUGUCAAGCAAUUAAUCGACGAGGCCACGGAAACCGGUGCGGACCCAGACGUAUCAGAUGCAUUUGCCAUCAAUGGCCAACCAGGAUUUCCAAAUAAUUGCUCCAAUGAUACAAGUUACAGUUUAUCAGUCGUGCCCGGCAAGACAUAUCUUCUUCGUCUAAUAAAUGCGGUGAUGAAUGAAGAAAUGUUCUUCGGAAUCGCAAAACACAACAUGACCGUCGUCGCGCAGGACGGCGCAUACAUAAAGCCGAUAACGACGAGCUACAUAAUGAUAACCCCAGGGCAAACGAUGGACAUCUUGCUCACAGCAAACCAGGCAGCCAGUUAUUACUACAUUGCUGCUACGCCAUUCUUCGACGCCGAGGCUGCGUACGACAGCACCAACACUUCGGCAAUCCUUAAGUACACAGGCACUUACACUCCUCCAACCUCCCCUGCCUAUCCGACUCUUCCUAAUGUUAGCGACAAAGAUGCCGCAAACAACUUCAUAAACCGCAUCAGGGCAUUGGCAAGCUCGGACCACCCCGUUGAUGUGCCCAAAAACAUCACCAAACAAAUCAUCAUCACAGUUUCUGUGAACGAGAUUCUUUGCGCUAAUGCAGCCUGCGGGGGUCCAAAUGGGAACAGGCUUGCUGCCAGUUUGAACAACAUAAGUUUCUCCAGCCCAACCACUGAUAUCCUUCAAGCAUACUACAAGAACUUGCUGGAUGUUUUUGAACCAGAUUUCCCCGGUAAGCCGCCGCAUGUAUUUAACUUCACAGGAGAGGUGGACGAUAGUAAGUUAUACCCAAGCGUGGGAACCAAGGCAAAGAUCAUAAAGUGGGGGGAAUCCGUGGAAAUCGUGUUCCAAGGGACUAAUGUUUUGACUGCAGAGAACCAUCCGAUGCAUCUUCAUGGUUUUAGCUUCUAUUUGGUUGGAACCGGUUAUGGCAAUUGGGACAACGUGACUUCCCCGAAAACUUACAAUUUGGUUGAUCCACGGGAAGUUAAUACCAUCGGAGUUCCUAAAAAUGGAUGGGCUGUCGUUAGAUUCGUCGCAGACAAUCCUGGGGUUUGGUAUAUGCAUUGCCAUUUGGAACGGCAUUCAAGCUGGGGUAUGGACACUGUUAUCAUUGUGCUGAAUGGGAACACCAACGACACAAGCAUGCUGCCACCUCCGGCUAAUUUGCCAACUUGUUCUUAGUUCUGAAAAGCUUGUGCUUCGACCGUCAAUGUCGACGAACUACUCAAUGCAUAGAAAGUUAUAUUUAAAUAAGAUACUCCAAGAAAAUUAAUUGUUGUUUGUGUAAGAGAUUUGAAUUUAAGAUUAUUGCAACGGUCGUUUAAUUAGGAGUCU